AGAUGAUUCACGAAUAGCAAUGGCCAAAGUUUCCAAAGCAAUAUCAAAUAACAGUGGACUAAAAGGACAAUCUUGCCUGGUGCCGCGAAACAACUGAAAAAAGGGAGAUCUUUGGUUAUUGGUUAAAAAUGACAAGGAAUUUAUCUGCGGGAAUCUCGAGCAGAGCACGCUAGUUUUGCUGUUUCUGUCCACGUGUAUAAGAAGUGGAGCAAGGGAUUCACUCGAUCAUCCUUCCUGCUCAGACUGUGAGGAGGGUUUACUCAAUCAUCUGACCGACUGGCAGGCCCGUCAAUUUACACAGGGGAGAGGCCGUUCACCUUUUCAGACUGUGGGGAUUCAAGGUCAUCUCAUGAAGGUACAUCAGCAAGUUCAUACAGGGACAAGGCCAUUCACCUGUUCUGUGUGUGAGAAGGGAUCCAGUUGGUCAUCCCACCUGUGGACACACCAGUCAGUUCACACUGGGCAGAGGCUGGUCAUCUGCUGAAUUUGUGGGGACGGAUUCACUCAGUCAUCUGACCUAAUGGCUCACCAGCGAGUUCACACUGGAGAGAGGCCAUUCACCUGCUCGACCUGUGGGAAGGGAUUCACUUGCUCAUCUAAACUGAAGGUACAUCAGCGAGUUCACACGGGAGAGAGGACGUUCACCUGCUCAGACUGUGGGAAGGGAUUCACUCAGUCAUCCGAUCUGAAGGUACAUCAGCGAGUUCACACUGGGGAGAGGCCGUUCACCUGCUCAGACUGUGGGAAGGGAUUCACUCAGUCAUCUCAACUUAAGGUACAUCAGCGAGUUCACGCUGGGGAGAGGCCAUUCACCUGCUCAGAUUGUGGGAAGGGAUACACUUUGUCAUCUCAACUGCUGAGACACCAGUCAGUUCACACAGGGGAGAGGCCAUUCCCCUGCUCAGACUGUGGGAAGGGAUUCACUUCAUCAUCUCAACUGAAGGUACAUCAGCGAGUUCACACUAGGGAGAGGCCUUUCAUCUGCUCAGACUGUGGGAAGGGAUUCACUCAGUCAUAUCAACUACUGAGACACCAGUCAGUUCAUACCGGGGAGUGGCCAUUAACAUGCUCAGUCUGUGGGAAGAGAUUCCGUUUGUCAGCUCAACUACGGAGACACCAGUCAGUUCACACUGGGGAGAGGCCGUUCACCUGCUCAGACUGUGGGAAGGGAUUCACUUCGUCAUCUCAACUGAAGGUACUUCGGCGAGUUCACACUGGGGAGAGGCCAUUCACCUGCUCAGAUUGUGGGAAGGGAUUCACUCAGUCAUCCGUUCUGAAGGUACAUCAGCGAGUUCACACAGGGGAGAGGCCAUUCACCUGCUCAGAUUGUGGGAAGGGAUUCACUUUGUCAUCUCAACUACUGAGACACCAGUCAGUUCACACAGGGGAGAGGCCGUUCACCUGCUCAGACUGUGGGAAGGGAUUCACUUCGUCAUCUCAACUUAAGGUACAUCAGCGAGUUCACACUGGGGAGAGGCCGAUCACCUGCUCAGACUUUGGGAGGAGAUUCUCUCAGCCAAGUCGAUCAAAUGUGCAUCAUUGA